AUGAUGGUGUUUGCCAGCAGCCACUUACAGCUUGGCCUGACUGGAAUGCAGUCGGUACCCCGAAACGGCACCGAAGAUCAGUUUUCAGAGUACGUAAACGCGACUUGGCAACCUCUUCUGCACCCUAUUUUCCUCCUACACACAUGGGGAGUGAAGGUAUUCUGCUCCUGUAGUCCUGGGUGGGAUAUCGGUUUGGUGCAGGUACAAGCAGUGCCCCAACAAGUGGCUGAAGAUAAAUUUGUAUUUGAUUUGCCAGACUAUGAAAAUAUCAACCAUGUAGUGGUCUUCAUGCUGGGAACUAUACCAUUUCCAGAAGGAAUGGGAGGAUCUGUCUAUUUUUGUUAUCCGGACCAGAGUGGGAUGGCAGUGUGGCAGCUGCUAGGGUUUGUCACUAAUGAGAAGCCAAGUGCCAUCUUCAAAAUUUCUGGUCUAAAAUCUGGGAAGGGAAGUCAACAUCCCUUUGGUGCCAUGAACCUCCCUCAGACGCCAACGGUAGCCCAGAUUGGAAUCUCAGUGGAACUGCUGGAGAACCUGGCCCAGCAGACUCCUGUUGCAAGUGCUGCUGUGUCAUCAGUAGAUUCAUUCACAGAGUUCACUCAGAAGAUGUUGGAUAACUUCUAUAACUUUGCUUCCUCAUUUGCUGUUACUCAGGCACAGAUGACCCCAAAUCCUUCUGAAGCUUUUAUUCCUGCAAAUGUAGUUCUGAAAUGGUAUGAGAACUUCCAGAGACGUCUGACACAGAACCCUCUCUUCUGGAAAACAUAAGCUUAAAUUGUGUCAUUUGAAGUGCUUUCUAAACAGUGUGAUCUGAAAGAUGCAGCAAGUAACUCCACUGAAGAAUUUGGGGGGAGAAAAAAAACCCAAAACGAUUAGUCUCAAUAGACAAACUUGUAACUUUUGUAUUACUCUUGAAAAUUAUUUAAAAUUAAAAUCCGUGAAAACUACUUGCCUACGCGUUGUUUUUUUUUUUAAUUGAAGUAUUUGGCUGCAACAAGAAAUCAGUGUUCCAUGUGCAUGCAUAGAAAUAUCCUUUUGAAACUGCAUUUAAAGUGGAAGAAAUUACAAGAUAAAAAAUGGCA